CAGGUCGGAAGGCAGAUCCCAGGGGCAGCUUGGCCCCCACAGGGACAUCCUGGUCUUUGAGGCAGUCGGUGUUUGAACUGAGGAGCACAGGAGGGGACCCAGCACAGGGAGGGUGGUGCUGGGGGAGGACCCGAGGUUUGUAAUGCAGACCGAGGGUCUCCAGGACAGUUGUGCAACAAGCAAGCGGAAACGCGGCUCACUGAGGCCUCCCACUGCUGCUGGGAGUGGGGAGUCUCCCAGGCUGAGUGUGCCAAGGCGUGGCAGAGCCAGCCCCCUGGCCCGUGGGCAGGGCAGGUGCCUCUCAGAGGUGUGCCAACCCCUGCUUGCAGCUGGCGAUCUCCGAGAAGCACUGGGCAGGACAGACAGCGGGAACUCACUCCCUUGGAGCGGAUGUGAGGGUGCAAGGGAGCCCUGGACGCCGGGUGCACGCCAGUCCUGCGGUCUGGGUGCCCUCCAGGAGGCCAGGGGCUCUGCUCCUCCUCGGCGGUGUGGCCCGCUUGCCCCUGAUACCAAGAACAGCUGGGGUGCCAGCCUCCCUACCACGCCUCAGGGGCAGGGCGGCAUGAGCCGGGCCAGGCACAUGGGCAAGAUCCGCAGACGCCUGGAAGAUGUCAAGAGCCAGUGGGUCCGGCCGGCCAAGACGGACUUCAGCGACAACGAGAGCGCCCGGCUGGCCACAGACGCCCUCUUGGACGGGGGGCCCGAGGCCUACUGGGAGGUCCUCCACAAGGAAGGCGAGGUGGACUUCCUGUCCUCCGUGGAGGCCCAGUACAUUCAGGCCCAAGCCCAGGGGCCCCCCUGCACUCCGGAGACCCCGGGAGGUGCCGAGGCAGGGACCAAGGGACUGGACUCCUGCUCGCUGCAGUCGGGUACCUACUACCCUGCGGCCUCGGAGGGCAGCGAGCCUGCCCUGCUGCACACCUGGGCCUCGGCCGAGAAGCCCUACCUGAAGGAAACGGCCAGCGCCACCGUGUACUUCCAGACGGACAAGCACAACAACAUCCGAGACCUCAUCCGCCGCUGCAUCGCUCGGACCAGCCAGGUGCUGGCCAUCCUGAUGGACGUGUUCACAGACGUGGAGAUCUUCUGUGACAUUCUGGAGGCGGCCAACAAGCGCGGGGUGUUCGUCUGCGUGCUCCUGGACCAGGGAGGUGUGAGGCUCUUCCAGGAGAUGUGUGACAAAGUGCAGAUCUCGGACCGUCACCUCAAGAACAUUGCCGUCCGGAGCGUGGAGGCGGAGGUGUACUGUGCCAAGUCGGGCAGGAAGUUCUCGGGCCAGAUCCAGGAGAAGUUCAUCAUCUCGGACUGGAGAUACGUCCUCUCCGGGUCGUACAGCUUCACCUGGCUCUGCGGGCACGUCCACCGGAACAUCCUCUCCAAGUUCACGGGCCAGGCGGUGGAGCUGUUUGACGAGGAGUUCCGCCACCUCUACGCCUCCUCCAAGCCGGUGCUGGGCCUGAAGUCCCCUCAGCUGGCCGCACCCCUGCAGCCCCCACCGGGCCGCCUCAGCGGCAGCAGCCGCUCCACCAGCGACCCCUUCAGCAGCCCCUCCACAGGGAGCAACCCCCAGAACCGGAGCCUGUCGGUGUCCUCGGGGCCCGGCAGCCCCCCGGCCCCAAACCCACCUCCGCCCCCCAGGUUGCAGCUCUACCACGGCCUUUGCGGGGCCCUGAGCCCACAGGCCCGCUUCUCCCCGCGGCCCCACGACGGCCUGCCGGCCCUCUACAGCAACCUCAACGCCUGCAGGCCCCUGCGGCUGCAGUUCGGGCAGCUGGGCCUGGUGCCCAGGGUGGCCCACAUCUGGAGGCCGUUUCUACAGGUACCCCCUCACUUCUGAAGGGGGGCCCUGCCCCCCGCUGCCCUCCCAGGACUCCUGGGUGGCCUGGCCCAAGGGCCCCCUCAACAACCUUGCCCCUGCUUGCCUUCGAGUGACAGGCUCUUGGACCUGUGUUUCCACGUUCCCAGGCCUGAGGCCGUUCACUUGCCGGCCCCCACCUGUCCCUGGGUUCUCCCCUCUCUAGUCUGGCCCAUGCAGCACGUUCCAGAAGGUUCCAGGUGGUAGGGGGUGGUGAACUAGAGGGCAACAUCGUGAUGGCAGAUAGAGCCCCUUUCUCCCGCAGAGCCAGCCAGUGCUUUACUAUGACCAUCCUUUGACUCUCUGUAACGUCAGAAGGGACAGAUGCAGCCCAUGUUUUAUGUGUGGGUAAACUGAGGCACUGAGCCGCAGAGGGUGGGUGGGACCACCGUGCUCCUGUUGCCCUAUUCCCAGGAGCAGUCCAGUCCCCGGGGAUGCGGGGGAGAGAGGUCCAGGAGAAGGACCGGGAACAUUCUGGAUGAUUCUAGGAGAGGUGGGGCAGCUCCUGCUCCGUUGAAAGGCGUAAUACUGGGAGUCCCUUGGCCCCAUGAGUGAGGGGCGGGCCCCCAGAGCUGCCACUGUUAAGCCGUGUGGGGCCGAUGGAGACUGUAGGCACAGAGACGGGGCAAGCCAUGGCACUGAGGGGACAGAGCUGGACAAGGCAGCUUGGCAGCUCAGUGUUGAGGGUCAGUCACUUCCGGGCAGAAGCAACAAGAGCCGGGUGCAGCUGGCCUGGGAAGAGCACCCCGCAAGUGGGCCCCCCUGCCAGCCUUGUUCCUAAGAGACGGCGGUGAGCAGGCCCUCCCACUCCCAGCCCCCCCCCCCCCACAGUGUGUAGGGAGGAUGAGCACCACACAGACCCUUGUUGUCGGAGCUACUGAGACUGGGGGCGUCUCUCGUUGCACCGAGAUCCAGCCUCGCCCGGCAGAUCCAACCUUGGGACCCUCUGACACGAGGCUGGGCCAUUCCUUUGGGGGACUGGAUUCCUGGCAGUCCCCAGCACAAGGCUCUCGUCCCGAGACAGCAUUCCCACCAGAGGACUGGGAGGGUGUUACACGCCCGGUGAGACGGCGGCUGGAGGCCAAAGCACUUCCUUUGACAAGUUUCCAGUCCUCCCAAACCCAUCGGCAGUCCUGCUCAGGCGAGAGCGGCUCUGGUCUCUGCCCCAGCAGGCCUCCUCGCCGGGGAGGGCCCUCGGACACACCCAGUCUCUACGACAGUGUGAAAUUCAACAACAGCGACGGGGUGCCCGCUGGGCACGGUGACAGACACCCACCCACAUCCACAUCUGUCCUGGAGAGUCCCAGAGCCAGCUGGAGGUGAUGCCCACGUGAACGGCCACCACAAAGAACACGAGAGAGUGGAAGAUGUCAUAGGAUAGUCAUGUGUGGGGGGCACCGUGGAAUGGGGGGCUUCACUUAUGGCCGCAUGCGCACCCCAUGCCAGGGAUCGGGGAUCACGUCAUCCACCUGGAGGACUGACUGGACGUGUUGAUGGCUAGUGAUCAAGCCUGCCCCCCAAGACUGUCUUCCCUAAAAAGUAUUUGCAGUGUGCACGGGGUCCCCACCAGAUACUGAUCUCUUAAAAUCUCUCUGCACUGCAAGGCCCCAGACGCCAAGGGUCUCUUUGCAAGCUCCGGAGGACCCACCCCAUCAGCAGGGCGUCCCAGGGCACAAUGAACGCUGACCGAUUGGCUCCUGCAGGGAGGACUAACACUCGGACCCCCAUUCACUGCCCCCCGCCCACUGCCCUCACCCAUCUGAGCUCCCCGCCUCCAGCCUGCUUGCCCUGCUGGCUGUCAUGGAGGUGGUGGCCGUGCAUCGUUAAAGGCUCCAUUUUCUGGACUUGGUCCAAGAAGCUGUCGGACCCAGAGACUUGUCACUCACUCGCCUUCUCAGCUGCCUCCUGAAGAGCGUGUCAGAAAAACUGUCAGCAGAGAAUGUAAGCACUGUGGGCGCACAUGCACCAGCGUGGACACAACCUCCUUUUCUCGUGCUCCGCUGUGUCCGCACGGAGACAGACAUGGCACCUUCCGAAGUGCUCUGUCCUCACAGCCUCCACUGGGUGUGGCGGUGGGGGUGUCCACACGAGGAUGCCGCAUGAGGAGCGGACAGAGAGGCCCGAAGGAGGUGGCCCUGGGGCACAAGGGGGCAACGUGUGCACGGCCGAGGGUGGGGGGUGGGGGAUGAGGGGAGGCUGGGAUCCAGCUCCAGGCUGAGCCUUGGGAGGCUGCCUCUCAGCACCGCCUGCUCCCCACGUCAGACGCACACACAAAAUCACCUCCUCCUCAGGGGUGCACAGGGCUUUGGGAGCGGAGCUCCCCAACACCUCCCAGUGAGGUGGCUGCUGGAGAAGAACCUGCGAGUUCUCGUCUCCCUCGAGCAGAACCAGCCGGGCCUCUCCCUUGCCUUUGCAAGAGCGGAGAGAACCUGGCGGUUCCGGCUGCUCUAGCAAAGCACCGCUGCCAGGCGGCGUGUAAACAACAGAUGUUCUUUUCUCGUGGGGAGGCAGGCUGCGAGGCCACGGUUGGGGUGCCAGCACGGCCAGGGUCUGGCGAGGACACACUGCCCGGUUUGCAGGCCGCCACCUCCUCGCCGCGUCCCCACGCAGCAGAAGGGACAAGUUAGCUUGAAGCAGUGCCCAGUGCAUCGUUUCCUUCCUGAGCGAUUCGGUCCCGAGCCCUGGGAGGCCGGCCUUGGCUCCCACUGCAAAAGGGCUUGAAGUGGAGGGUUUGAUGACAGCCCCCAGGCCCCGCCCCGGGACAGGGGCAGGCGCCGGCAGCCAGUGUGCGGGGAGGGAGGAGCCCUCGCUCUCAGAGGGCUCCCACGCAUGCGCCACAGAAGCCCCUUCGUCGCAGAGAUCUUGGCUGAUUUCCGUAACU